CCAACUUCUGGGCAUGGUUAUGUGAAAAUGGAAAUAGAUGAAGUGCACAAUAAUGUAGAAGAACAACAACGAGUUGCUUCAGAGGACUUAGAAAGGAAACGUAUGCUGGAAGUAGAAAAGCAACUGGAGAAACGGCGAGUUGAAGAAGAAAUGGAGCGCGAAAGGUUGAGAAUCGAGCAGGAACAGAAGGAACGAGAACAGCGAGAAGCUUUUUUGAGAGAGCAGGAGUCGGAGAGGCAAAAAUUGAUAGCUAUCCAAAAGAAAGAGGCUCAAAAAUUGCUGGAAGAGCAAGCUAGCAGGGUAGCGGAGCAAGAAGAGAGACUUUUAAGGGAAGCUCAGGAAGAGCAGAAGAGAAGGCUUCAAGAGGCUUUGAAGCGUCUCAAUAUAAGGUCCCGUCACAAUUCAUAUGAGAUGACUCCUGAUAAAGUGUUCAAACCGUCCACCGAGAACAACUACAACAUUGAAGAUCUGUCGAGUGCGGAUGAAACCGACGAUGAGGAAGCACCUCGCAAAGAAGUUCCGCCAUGGGCCGAAGGCCUUCUUCUCCAAAAGGCUAUCGAGGAGACGACUAAGAUUCUCAGAUCAGGCACCUUUGAUCCAGAUACCUUUUUCCGUGAAAUCUUCCCCCCCGAUCUUUCAAAAAUUUUCGGAACGUCAAAGAAGUUUCCACGACGAGGUUCUUCAGGAAUUUGGGAUUCUCCCAUUGGUAAACCACGUCAAGGAAGAACGUUGAUAUCUCAGUCAGUACUUACAAUUAGUCUAAUUUUGUGUUCCCAAACUGUUCAGGAACUGAGCCUUAUGUGA